AUGUACAUACACAGAAAUACACACACACAGACACAUGUACAUACAUACACAGACACAUGUACAUACAUACACAGACACAUGUACGUACAUACACACAAACACACACACACAUACAUGUACAUACACGCAGACACAUGUACAGAUACACACAUGUACAUACACACAGACAUAUGUAGAAUUGUACAGGCACACACAAACACACACAUGUACACACACACACACCCCCCCCCCCCAUAGAACGUUGCAGUACUUCGUUGUUCACUCACAGAUCUGGGUACUGCAUUCUAGGGGGAGGCAGAGAGCACAGCACACACUCCUUGCUUUGCUUUCACUGCGCUCAGCUAUUGAGCAUUCUGACGGCUCCCAUUGCCAAUAAUCUGGCCUGAGCUCUGAGCCUGCUCAGCAAGACGGCCCUGGGGGACACACUCGCCCCCACCAUAAUUUCCACUCGCCAUUGGCGAGCAGGCGAGUGGAAAUUUCCAGCCCUG